AUGAUCAUAUCGUGGUUUACUUGUGUUAAGAUCCGUCAAAUAUCCACAUUUGGUCUGUGGGGAGGUAAAUUUGGAAGGGGCUUCUCGCUUGCAAAUUCUUGGUUUGGUAUAUCUACAGCUUUAGCCACUGGAAUCAAAUCGGGAGGUCCCGUGCAGGUUGUUUAUGGUCUUAUUAUCAUCACCUUUGUUUGUGGAUGUAUCGCAGCCUCCCUUGCUGAGCUGUCCUCCGCGAUGCCCAACGCUGGAGGUCAUAUCGCCCUCAGUGUCGAAGGGCUCUGUAUAGGUUGCAUCCAGCUAACCCACCCCAACCUCUGUGCAGUAUUCAAUAUGUACAGUCGGACUCUGCCUCAUGUGAACCAGGGUACCCUCUGGACAUCAAUUAUAUCGUUUGCGGUCAUAUUAAUUACAGUGCUGCAAAGUCACCGUCACACCAACCAUCCACGGUGGUCUAGUGAUGGAAUAGCAUUCAUUGUCGGGCUUAUUAAUUCAAAAUGGGCAUUCAAUGGCCUAGAUUACGCGGCUCACUUGGCCGAAGAGGUCCUCUACCCAGAGAAAGUCGUUCCCAUUGCCAUCAUGGCUACAGUAGCGAUGGGCUUUGUCACUGCUUGGCCGUUUAGUAUUGCCAUGAUGUAUAGUAUGAACGACUUUGAUUCUAUCGCAGCGACCGUGACAGGAGUUCCAGUUCUCGAACUGUUUCUUCAAGCACUUGAUAAUAAGGCUGACAACGGACUUCCCGGGUCGAGGUACCUUUCCCAAGUUCAUCCAACCCUACUAGUGCCGGUCUGGAGCCAUUUGGCUAGCACUCUGAUUGUCAGUAUUCUCGGGUGUCUAUAUCUGGGAUCAUACACUGCGUUCAACAGCAUGGUCACUGCCGCUGUGGUUCUCCUAUACGCUUCGUACAGUAGCCCAGUAAUCUGUCUCUUGGUCAAAGGACGGUCUAGUAUUCGACAUGGGCCAUUUUGGCUCGGGGUGGUUGGACAUUGUUGCAAUUACCUUUUACUCGCUUGGCUGCUGUUUAGUAUCGUAGACAGAUGUAUUCAUUCAUUCCCCCCUUCCUACCCAGUUACAGCGAACAAUAUGAACUACGUGUGCGUCGUGUAUUUCGUCACAUUUAUUAUUAUCCUCGCGUGGUGA